UCAACAUGAUUUGAAUGAAAAUGAAUUCCAAGAGCUGUAUAAUUUUCUGGAACAUCUGGCCAAUGCCACCUAUCACAAUUUCCAUAACAUACCCAAUAAUCGCAGCAUUGCGGUACUGCUGGAUCGUCUCAAGAUAACACCGAACAUCUACCAGGAACUAAUUUACAAUUUAACCGGUGACAGUACGAUGAUAACGAAAAACGAUUUCAUAGCCGCUACCGAUAAAGUUCGCAGUACAUCGGGUGAUAGUAUUAUAGAAACGAGACAAAUCUUCACCGAAUAUGGGUUGUGCUACAUGACCAAUACAAUGCUGUCGGAGGAAUUCACCUCCCAUUAUAUGAUAUGGGGUUAUGAAAAUAAGAAGGAAAUUCAAGGUGUGGAUAAUAUUUUGAAGGUUAAGCAUAGCAGCUACUUCGACAGUGAUGUCAGUUAUAAUUUUUUGGGGUUCGGUAGUAAACCAAUUGAUGGUUUUCUGCACAGUCCAUAUGAAAUAAUGCAGGUGGAUCAUAAUUUGGGUUAUACCAGUGAACCUCUACAGGUGGAUGUUGAGUGCGUGGAAAUUAUAACUGAGGAUGGUUUUGAAAAUAUUUCCAGGGAUGCCACAAUUGAACAGCGUAAAUGCCGUUUCCAGCAUGAAUCUAAUUUGACCCAUUUUCCAGUGUAUUCGAAAAAUAUUUGCAUUCAGGAAUGUCGUCUGAAUUUGGUCUAUAGUAUUUGUAAAUGUAUACCGCAUUUUUAUCCGAAUCGAAUUCCAAAUCCCAAACCUAUUUGUGAUUAUCGCAUUCUUCUGGACUGUUUUAUACCACAUGAAGUCAUAAAAAUGUAUAAAAUAAGUAAGGAUGGCGAAAGAGAUUCGGUUCCGUGUCAUUGUGUGCAGAAUUGUCGAGAUGCAAUUGUCAAUAAGAGAGCAAAAUAUCAUAUGCAAAAAACAAAUGAUCUAGUGGGCGGCAAUAGUCUACUCUUUGCCAUGAUCAAUUUACCCACCUAUCGUUUGAAGCGACAAAUAAUUUUUUCAUUUACCGAUUUGAUGGUGUCAAUUGGUGGUACAGCUGGCUUCUUUUUGGGAUUUAGUGUUUUGUGUUUAGUCGAAGUUAUCUAUUAUUUUACAUUGAGAGUUUUGUUUUAUUUUGUGAAAAUGCUUUUUGAAAAGAAAUAA